UACUUAUAGUUUGUUGAUUGACGGGUUGUUUAUAUGAAAAGGUUUAAAGGUCGUGAUAUGUUUAAGAAAAUGACAGAGCCGACAUUGCGCUUGAUGGUGUGUUGUAUACGAUCAUGAUCUGAGGGUUGCCUGAUGAAGGUAGAGUGCAUGACGGAUAAGCAUUUGGUGUUGGAUACUCAAGCUUAUAAUACGUUGAUCAAAGGAAUUUGUGAUGUGGGCCUUUUGGAUGAAGCGCACUCACUAAAACUUGAGAUUUAUGGUGUUGAGGAGUUUCCGGAUGCUUGCACUUACACUAUUCUUAUAUCGGGAUUUGUAAAUCAGGCGAGCCUCAAUAAGCUCAUCUUUUGUUUUACACAAUGGAAUUUUGAAGAAAUCUUUCUCUAUUUCAAGACUAACCCAAUGUUCAGAUAGAGUUGUUGAUAGUGCAAGCUUGCAAACAUUAGUUGUUGAAGAAAUAUUUUUUUAUUUAUUUUCUAUUUUUAUUUUUACAAAAUGGUCGUGUAGAAGAAAAAAGACAUUUAAAACUUAUAAUCUAUCAAAUUAUU